UCCGACUUCCGCAUGGGGGAAAUGGGAGUUUCCAGGAAGCACCUGAUCGUAGCACAACAUUCCCCGCAGUCCUGAGGCUGUUGACAGAGAAGAUGCAGACCAUAAAGUGUGUGGUGGUGGGUGACGGUGCAGUGGGAAAGACUUGUCUGCUCAUUUCCUACACCACCAACAAGUUUCCGUCUGAAUACGUCCCCACGGUGUUUGAUAACUAUGCAGUAACAGUGAUGAUCGGUGGGGAGCCGUACACUCUGGGACUGUUUGACACUGCAGGUCAGGAAGACUACGACAGACUGCGACCCCUCAGCUACCCUCAGACGGAUGUCUUCCUCGUCUGUUUCUCUGUUGUAUCGCCCUCCUCCUUUGAGAACGUCAGGGAGAAGUGGGUGCCAGAGAUUUCACACCACUGCCCACGGACGCCCUUCCUGCUGGUUGGGACUCAGGUGGAUCUGAGAGACGACAGCAACACUCUGGAGAAACUGGCCAAAAACAAGCAGCGAGCCCUGACCUGUGAGAGCGGAGAGAAACUGGCUCGAGAGCUCAAAGCUGUCAAAUAUGUGGAGUGUUCAGCUCUUACACAGAGGGGACUGAAGAAUGUCUUUGAUGAGGCCAUCCUGGCAGCGCUGGAGCCUCCGGACAACAAACCCAAGAAGCGCUGUGUCCUGCUAUAGACGCCACAAGAGGAAGAGGAAGUGGAAGUGGAGGUGGACGGGGAAGAGAUUAACCCAGAUGGGAUCAGAGGGAGGGAGCACAGAGGGGAUGCGAGGGUGUGAAGGUGGAUGAGGCAGACACAUGUUUAAACAGUGCCUUCAGCCAUAGUGACUUAAUGUGUGGUGUGGGAACAGACAGGCUUUAUUUUCGUCAUAGAGAUGUGUCACUAUAACAUGACUAACGCACAUCAACAACAGUCCUCACAGCUAGGAAAUGGGGUUUUAUUAAUAGAAGGAGGCAGGUUGAUCAGUAGAGAAAUUUGAACCUCAAUACCUUAAAGAUGCAAAGAGUGGAUAGAGUCACGGCCACAACUGAAACUGGCAACUACUUUUUCAAACCGUUCCUACUGUUAUACAAAUCUUAAUAGUUGUUUAAACGUGUGAAGUGUUGCCAGUAAACAGCGCUGCAGAUGAUGAUGUGAUAUAUAAUGACAUUUCACAUGAAAACUCACCUCCUACAGAGGUUUGGAAAAUCUGGAAAUGUUUGGAGAAAUAAUUUGACAGUUUUCAGGUCUUGAUGAAUUUGGGUAAGAAAAGUUUUUCUCUGGCAACACACUGUAAACUCAUCUUCCAUUGUCCCGCUGUUUGUACAACUACACACUUCUGUGGAUCUCAGAGGAACUUUUGAAGAAUUUGACUUCAGUCAAACAAGAUCAGAUCAAUGUACUUAAGGUCUCAGACAAACUCCAACCAUUACAUUGUUCAGUCUGCAUCAUCAUGAUGUAAAAUACAGGUCUAAAAUCAGUGUAAUAUUAAUCUUUGAUUGAUUUAAAAUUGUGUUGCACUGGUAAAAUAACACCUAGUAAUCUAGAAGGAAACAGUGCAAACUACUGUUACCAGCCAAUAGUUUGGAGGCUGACGUAGAGACGUGACCCAGCUGAACAACAUUCCCUGCAGUACACACCACAGGUUCAACAGUUCUGUGGCAUUCGUGGACCUUGACAGUGCUGUUGCUUUAGACAACAGAAUGAAGCUAUGCCUAAAAGAAUACAGGGAUGAUUCUGUGCAUUUCCUUUCACAAGUAUGGAAAAAAAACUAAAAUUACUCUAAAUUUUUUUCAAAUAAUUUCAAAGUCCCCAACCUAAGGCCUCUGAAAACCCAGGGAAAGCUCUGUCAGUUUAUUUGAAGCUGACUAAGUCAGUCUAACCCAGCAGUCCUCUAAUAAAUCCUUCUCCAUGAAGGUGCUGAUGUGAAGUUUUUUUUGAAACUGUGCAUUAUAUCUAAUAAACUGCCCGCUGAGUGGUGACUGUAACAGGACUUGCUCCAGAUCAGUAGAAGAAGAUUCAGAUUGCUUAGAGUUUAUUCACAUGUAGACCAGUGAGAUGGAGUCCAGCAGCUGUCUUCUGUGAUCUACUGUAAGUGGGACUCGCAGUUAAAAAAAAAAAAAAACAGUCCUUUUGAGACAUCGCAUUUAAAGUGGCUUUAUUAAGGCAUUUCUAGUUUGAUAAACUAGAAAUGCCUUAAUUUUCCUGCUGCCUCAGUGCCAGACUUCACCUGUGUGUAUUGAAACAUCCAGCUACCACAGUAGAACACUGGAAAUGCCUUUAACUAUUUCUCUUCCCACUCAUCAACAUCAUUGCCUUAUCACUUAACGUGCCACAAGUCAAAUCAUAUACAGCGUAAAGGGUGUGUUUGUUCACAUGUCACUUUCUGGCUGAGCCAAGACAUCAGGAUGUUUUCUGAUUACCUAUCCACUGUCAUGACUGAUGCAGUUGGAGUAGAUGGGUACAUCUCUGUGUCUUAUAAGCACCGUCGUGUCCCUCACUUGCGUUAGUCCCUCCCACAUAAGAUGCAAGGAAAACAGGGAGGAGAGAGGACUGGAGGAAACGCGUUAUCAUCAUCUAAAGCGUCUAAUCAGUAACUGGUUUCUGACAAAGUCCACAAAAAACUUCAGCAAAGGAUGCUGUAUCCUCCAUCAUGGCUCCUCCAGCACCGUCCUCAGUCCUCGGAGCCAAUAUAAGAAACUUAAAAUGUCCUACGUCCUCGGUCGACCCAAGGGCGAAGGAUCGAUCUCAUAAGAGACAUGAGAUACACCAAGUAUGAUUAAAGAGCAAAUAUUUCACCCACAACCUCCUCACACGCCAUCUGCUCCACCUUUCCUCCUCCUCCUGGCUUUACUGGAACCUCAAGUGCUCAUUGGUCUGUUAGCUCCUCCUGGAGGCAUUAAAGGGGAACACCGCUCAGUUUGAAGACUGCUGUUUCUCUAGCUGACACCUGGAACAAAGUUUUUAUGGACAUGAGCAAAGAUAUAACAACGGGUGUCUUUAAGCAGCUUGACAGACAGUAGCUUCUGGACUUUCAGGAUUUUAGCACAGAGGAGCUUUGUUUUUUGGUGUCUGAAUAAAGCCAUAUAGCCACCUCCUUCAGAAACACCAGGGUAUCUUCCAGCAAAAUGAAAAUAUAAUGAAUGACUGUUUUAAUCAGAGUUCUGCAAGACAGUAAGGACUCGUUUGUCACUUUAUUGUGGGAUAAAACUAUACCUUGGAUGACUGGGUUUUGUUGUAGAGUCAUGCUCUAACACCGGUUGUCCUGGGCCAGUAUCCUUCAACUGAGGGUGUUCUCCAAGUAACAAAGUCUCCGUUGCUUAUGUGUUGCUGUUUUCCAUUAGUUUGGAGAUGACCGUUUCCUCUGAUAAUGUGUGGAUGAUUAUAAGUAUUAUAUGUUUUGUUUUCUUUGCUCCUUAUUGUUUCUUGGGUAAGGUUAUUUUAGUAAGUUUUGACACCUGAGCUUUUAUUUUGCUUUUUAGGUGUUUUUACUAUUACUUGCUGGUUCAGCGGCAGUUUGAGUGAUAAACACUUCCUGGUUUGUCAAACUAAAACUAUUCUGAUAAUAAGCUUCUAAUGGCAGGAGAGAGAAAAACAGAACAGCUGAGGCAAUAAUUAGAUGUGGAAAACUCUGUUCUGUACCGAACCAUGAAUGUUGGAACUGGUGCGUGUUUAGAAGUAAUAAAGUACUUGAACCUUG